AUGGACAUUCCGAUGAUCUCCUUGGAUGUAUUGGUAAGCACUUUCACUCAGGGGCUUGCUGAUGGAGAAUUCUUCCGGUCACUCAUCCGGAAGCCGUCGAAGGACUUUGACCAUCUACAGAAAAGGGCCAAUGAAUACAUCAAUGUAGAAGAAGUCCAGGCUAUCAAGAAUAAAGAGGUACACGCUGAACCAACGACGGUGUCCAAGCGGCGAAUCUCAGUGGGCAUCAUCUUUAAGAAAGCAUUUGACCAGCUGCAAAUUGACCGGAACGACUUACUGCCCAUGACGACUCCACUCUACGAGUUCAUCGACAAUGAAGUAUUGCCGAUCAGCCAACUGCGCUUGACCGUCUCGCUCAGGGAAGAACCGCUGAAGAUGACACGGAUGACCAAUUUCAUUGUGGUGGAUGUGCCUUCAGCCUACAACGUCAUUCUGGACCGACCAGCGCUGAAUGAUUUUCGAGCGGUGGGAUGCGACUACGGCGAAGAGAGGCGGGAUGAUGACUCAUCAUCAAAGACUCAACUAAUUCCCCAUCGAAUUAUCGCUCAGGUUCUGGAGUUGGGAAUUCUAGUACAUUCCGUGAUCAUAGGGAUUUCAUUGGGUGUAUCUAACUCUCCAUCAACCCUAAAACCUCUCUUGGUUGCCCUAAUUUUUCACCAGUUCCUCGAGGGCAUGGGACUCGGAGGAUGCAUUUCUCAGGCAAGGUUCAAGGUGAGAUCAAUGCUAACAAUGGGACUCUUCUUUUCUCUCACGACGCCGGUUGGGGUUGUGAUAGGCAUUGGAAUAUCGUCCGUUUACAAUGAGAAUAGUCCCUCGUCCUUGAUCACUCAAGGAAUACUAGAUUCUGUAGCCGCUGGAAUUUUGAUCUACAUGGCGCUUGUCGAUCUCCUCGCUGCUGAUUUUAUGAACCCUAAAGUGCAGAGUAACGUAAAACUUCAGGUCAUGAUCAAUUUUGCCUUGCUACUGGGAGCAGGAUUGAUGUUACUUCUUGCCAAGUGGGCUUAG